AUGGCCAAAAGCAUGGCGGAACAGCACUACGCUGAGGCGCUGGCGGCUGUUGAACAGGCAAAGAAGUACGAACGCGAAGGCCAGCUCACGCAAGCUAAUCAGAUGCAUCAAAAGGCACUUCUUCUUUAUAAACGUCUGGCGAUCGUAGAGUCAGCAGCACAACGUGAGCGUCUACAGCUUAAAAUUGAUGAUUUGACGACAUGCAUAAUUGCUCUGCAGCAGUCGAGCGAUUUCUUACUGACACGCGCAAUGGAACAGCAUGCAGCUGCAAAGGAAUAUGAGGUAUCCGGCAAUGCUACACCUGAAAGCGUCAAGGAAAAAUAUAUUAUCGCCGCUGAAACGUACUUUCAAGCACUGAACGCACUGCCAAAUAGCGAUACAACAGUCAGAGCGGCGCUUCAAGAGCAACUCGAGUAUAUUAUAAAUUAUAUAUCAAAGUUGAAGGCACGAAUCGAGGAAGCGCAAAAUGAGGUACCGAAACAGGAAAAAUGCAGUGAUGACGACGUGCAUCUUGCUGCGCUCCAAAGGCCAAAGCUACAGACUUCACAGUGCAAAACAGCGCCCAUAGCACUGACUAACGUAUUAGCUGCAACAAAUUGGAUUAAUAUGACAGAGAAAUUGGACGAAAAUGACAAGGAGGCGCUGGGGAAUGCCUACACAGAGAAGGAACUGGAAGUACUGCGCAGGUCUUCGCAUAUAAAUGGACACUUAUUUGUACCCUGGGUGGAUGAUUUGGACGCUUAUGAAAACUUUGAUGUGCCGGAGGCAUACUGUGAUCCCGAUGGUUUUGUGCCGUUAUCGGUCAAGCAAAAGAAAAAAGACGCAACGUGGAUGAGACCAAGCGAGUAUGCGGCACUGUGCGGCCAAGCACCUGUGAUGAUUGCACCAGGCGGAGUAAAUCCAUUUGUUGUAAAGCAGGACAUUGUAACGGACUGUUCAUUUGUUGCGUCCUUGUGUAUUGCUGCCGCAUAUGAGCAACGAUUUGAAAGAUAUUUGAUAACAAACAUUAUUUUUCCAGCUGAUCUAGUGACAAAACAACCGGUUUACAACCCUCAUGGAAAAUACGCAGUUAAACUGUGGGCGAAUGGUGUGCCUCGUAAAAUUGUCAUCGACGACUUUUUGCCUGUCAGUGCUUCUUCUGGACAACUUUUGUCAAGUUGUACGACUUAUAAAAAUGAACUAUGGGUAAGUUUGAUUGAAAAAGCUUAUUUGAAGCUGAACGGAGGCUAUAACUUUCCAGGCGGAAAUUCAGGGAUUGACUUGUUUGCUCUUACGGGGUGGAUUCCAGAGCGUGUCUCAGUAUUCGAGCUUCUUGACGCGCCAACUAAAGAAGAACGACUAUGGAAUCAGCUUAAGAGUGCGUUUCACUAUGGAGAUUGUAUCAUCACAAUGUCCACAGGAGACAUCCCAAAGCAGGAGGCAAAAAAAAUUGGCCUUGUUCCCGCUCAUGUCUAUGCUGUGCUCAAUGUGUAUGAACUGACGGACUUGGCUCAGAACGGUAAAACGAUACGACUUUUGCAAGUUAAAAAUCCCUGGCGUAAGAUGAGCUGGAAAGGACCAUAUUCUCGAUACGAUUACUCUCGAUGGAACAGCGCCAUUGGUGACGAGCUGGAUUCGUAUCAACGCCAAUUCUAUGCACUUAAAAGCACUAUGCCGAAUGAAGCUAAUAGUCAGCCAGACGAAGGCUUGUUCUGGAUGGACUUUGAAUCUGUUAAGAAAUACUUCGAGAGCUUGUACUUAAACUGGAAUCCUGAACUCUUUCCUUACAAAAGAGUAUACCACGAACACUGGUCUGCUGAUGUUGGACCUGUCAACGAUUCAUUCACUCUUGGAUUUAAUCCUCAAUACUCGUUAUCCUUUAGAAAAAUUGCAACAUCACAGGACAAAGCAACGACCUUUGCUACAUCCUGCACUGUGUGGAUUCUUCUUUCGAGGCAUGUUAGCGCCAUCGAACGCGAAAUUGACUCCUCGACUCAGCAAUUUUUAACACUCCAUAUUUAUCGUGGUACACCUGGUAAGCGUGUGUUCUACAACCACCGUGCAGUGUCUCGAGGAACAUACAGUAACAAUCCCCACACACUCAUGAGUCUGGAUCUGGAUCUAGAACAUGGUCCUGAGCCUUCAUUCACUCUUGUGGUGUCACAGUAUGAAACUAUAGCCGCCCUCGAUUACACAUUGUCUGUUUUUUCAACCCAACCAUUUACCUGUGAGACAAUUCCAUCAUUUGACAUGAAAUCACCGACAUCAAUCGUAAUAUCUAGUGCUUGGGAUAUGGACUGUGCUGGUGGGCGUCCAUUUUUCUCGACUUUUAUGGAUAAUCCGCAGUUUCAUCUGCAGUUGCAACAACCUUGUCGAUCACUUUUCCUUUUUCUUGAAACGGAAAAUUUUUAUUCCAAAACUCCCCAAAAUCCUGCUUUUCCAAUCAACUUGCGUGCAGCUCUGCACACUCGCGAGCGCCUCUAUGGAUUACACGCUGCAGGAUUUGCUGAUACAGGAAUGAAGCCGCUUAAAGUGCUUAGCUCUGGGAAAUACCGGCCUGGAUUUUGCUUUAUUGAAAUAGAUACAUCGACUCUUGCUGCUGAUUUAAACGAUAUCGUGCUGAUCCCGACCACAUUUGAAAGAGGCGUUCUUGGCAAGUUUACACUGCACGUUGUAAGCGAUCCCCCAGCUCAAUCGAUUAUUGCAUACCGCCAACUUCCUGCUGAAGGACAUGGAUGUGCCAAAUUCGGGUGCUAUACGUUUAAUCCCAAAUAUUUGGUGCAUGUUAAACAGGAAUGCGAUAUUCUAGCUCGUUUAUUGGUCCUUGAACCAGAGCCAGUUGCAGCACCAGAGGGUGCUUCUUAUAUUAACGUGUCAGUCUAUGAAAGCACGUCAGAAGGAGAUUUACUGCUGUCGACGAAUCCCAAGUUAGCCUUUGCAAGUGCAACUUCAGGAGAUGGAACGGGUAAGCUUUUAUUAGCAACAAUUCAUCCGAAGUUGUUUGCCUUGCAGUUCAAGGACGCACUUUCGCUCGACUGGCUUCAGCGUCACGUCUCAGUUGGACUACUUGCUUUUCAAUCCUAUUGCUGGCCACCGCAUGAAAGUCUUGUAAAAUAG